AUGAGUCUCAAUACGAACCAGCUCGAUCCUCGACAGCAUCCGCUGAAGGCGACGGCCGCGGCAAUUGGCGCCGUCCAGGGUGAAAUGCGAGGGCCCCGUGUCAGCCAUAUGCAAGGAGCCAACGAGGGCCCCGCCGACGUGAUCGCAAAGGUGUCUGGAUGUGUGCCUGGCGGCAAGCGGGAGGAUGACAGUCUCUACUUCACCAACAACGAAGGCAUCCCGUUCCCAGAUCCUGCGCAUAGUAAGACAAUUGGAGGCAUCCCGGUGGCCAGCGAUGUUUUCCUCUUCCAAAAGCAGCAGCACUUUAACCGAUCCAAGCCUCUGGAACGAAUGGUUCACCCCUGUGGAUCGGGCGCGUUCGGCUACUUUGAAUGCACCAAGGAUGUCACCGGUCUCACCAAAGCCAAUUUCCUGUCGAGCGUCGGCGAGAAGACGCCGGUUUUUGUCCGUUUCUCGACCGUAACUUUUGGUCGAGAGUUCCCGGACGAGGGCCGUAAUCCACGUGGAUUUGCCAUCAAGUUCUAUACUAUGGAAGGGAACUAUGAUAUUGUUGGGUUGAAUUUUCCCGUGUUUUUCUGCAGGGAUCCAAUUCAGGGCCCUGAUGUGAUCCGGUCCCAGUACCGUAACCCCAAGAACUUUCUCCUGGACUACGAUGCGCUCUUUGACCUCCUGGCCAACACGCCCGAGGCCAACCAUGCCGGUCUCAUGUUCUUCAGCGAUCAUGGGACGCCUGUGGCGUGGCGGUACAACCACGGCUAUGGCUGCCACACGUUCAAGUGGGUGAACAAGGAAGGACGCUUCGUCUACAUCAAGUACCACUUCAUGGCCAAGCAUGGCCAGAAGCAGUUCACCGACGAGGAAGCGGUCCGCAUCUGCGGAGAAGACCCGGACUAUUCGAAGCGUGAUCUCUGGGACGCCAUCGAGCGCGGCGAGGAACUCGAGUGGACCGCCUUUGUGCAAGUCAUGCAGCCCGAGCAGGCCGACCCGGACAAACUCGGAUUCGACCCCUUCGACGUCACCAAGGUCUGGCCAAGAGGCCAGUUCCCCAUGCAGGAGUUUGGCAAGCUGGUGCUGAACAAGAACCCCGAGAACUUCCACCGCGAUGUCGAGCAGGCCGCCUUCUCGCCGGGCAGCAUGGUGCCGGGCAUCGAGGACUCGCCGGAUCCGCUCCUGCAGUUCCGCAUGUUCUUUUACCGGGACGCUCAGUACCACCGCAUCGGCGUCAACCUGCACCAGAUCCCCGUCAACUGCCCCUUCAUGGCCAAGUCGUACGCGUCGCUCAACUUUGACGGCCCCAUGAGGGUCGACGCCAACCACGCGGGCAACAAGCAGUACGCGCCCAACAGCUUUGCCCACAAGUUCCGCCCGGACACGGCCGAAGCCCCCUACACGGUUAGCGACAACAUCAUGAGCCGAAAGAGCCACUAUUGGCACGAGGGCAAGAAGAACGACUACGACCAGGCGACGCAGCUGUGGACCAAGGUCAUGACGCAGCAGCAGAGGGACAACACGUGCAAGAACACGGCAAAGUAUCUCAGCUAUGUCAAGUACCCAGAGAUUCAGAAGAAGUAUCUUGCGCAGCUGCACAACAUCUCUCCGGACUACGCCAAGGGCGUAUUUGGCCGCCUGCGCGAGCCCAAGUUUGACAUGAAUGAAGUCCAGCAGCUCGCCAAGGACGCCCACCUGUGGUACAAGGAGCGGUCGCUGCUCCCGAUCAACGGGGAGAAAUUGCUGGGAUAUGCUCCGCCCACGGCAAUCUAUAAUGUGUAA